UAACAUCAUAAAGUAAUGAUAAAUACACCGUGAACAUUACCCGGUCUUCGGAUAAAAAAUAUCACCAGCCAAUAAGUUGUUUUUGAGAUUAUAGAGAUUACAUGUAGAUAUUAAAUGGAGUGGGGAUAAAAUUAUUAUUACUUUUAUUAAAUAAGUAUAGCAGGGGGAGAGACUUUCAGAGAAAAGGAGAAGUAGUCAAAUUAUAUAUUUGAGUUAUCGGCAAAGAAAGGUUAUUAUUAUUCAAUUAAAUUAAUAAUUAUAUAAAUCCGUUUUAAAUGGCAUUUUUGGGAAAAGUUGUAUUAAUAACUGGAGCAAGCUCUGGAAUCGGAGCUGCUACAGCAAUUCAUUUAUCAAAUUUAGGCGCUUCGUUAUCUUUAACCGGUCGUAAUUUAGAUAAUUUGCAAAAUGUUGCCGAUAAAUGUAAUAAGGAGCGUAAGCCAUUUCUUAUUACUGGCGAAUUGACAAAUGAAAAUGACACAAAAAAUAUUCUUGAGUCUACAAUAAAACAUUUUGGUAAAUUAGAUGUUUUAAUAAAUAAUGCUGGAACAAUUGAACGUGGAAGUAUUGAAAAUACUAGCUUGGAUCAGUAUGAUAGAGUAUUUAACUUGAAUGUCCGUUCAAUGUAUCAUUUGACAAUGCUCGCAGUCCCACACUUGAUAAAAACAAAAGGUAAUAUCGUUAAUGUAUCAAGUGUAAAUGGAUUAAGAUCAUUUCCUGGUGUAUUGUCAUACUGCAUGAGUAAAUCAGCUGUUGAUCAAUUUACACGAUGCACAGCCAUUGAAUUAGCAUCGAAACAAGUACGGGUAAAUGCAGUUAAUCCAGGAGUAGUAGUAACAAAUUUACAUGAACGUAGUGGUAUGUCACCAGAGGAACUGAAAGCAUUUUUUGAACGGAGUAAAACUACUCAUGCACUUGGACGUCCAGGUCAAGUUGAUGAAGUUGCCAAGACAAUUGGAUUUUUAGCAAGUGAUGAUGCUUCAUUCAUAACUGGCGCUACACUUCCAGUUGAUGGUGGAAGACACGCUCUUUGUCCUCGUUAAUUUUUUUUUAAUUACAACAAACAUCAAAAUUUUUCUACUUUUCAG